AUGUGCGUGGUGGAUGUGGCGCAGUCUCAUCCAGAAUUCCGCUCCGGGUUUGCGCUCGAUCCGUGCACAGACUGUAGUAAACAAGCAGACCACGUGUGCAGCAGGAGGACGCUCAUUGGCCACAGCUCCGGACUACAGAUGUGCGCAGUCCGUGUUUACCACAUGGACAUGGAGAGCCUCUGCGCCAUGGAUGUGCUCUGCGCGCACACGUACGUUACGUCAGCCCUGCGCUCCCGCUGUGAAGGCGCCACGGGCUCACGGCUCACACAGAAAAGAAACAUAAAAAAAAUAUUUUAA